AUGGCGACUCUCCGCUGCGACGCGACCGUCCUCGGCGCCGUAUCUUCCGCCGCUUUUGCGGGCCGUCAAAACCUUCAGGCUCAACGCGGCGAGGCGCGUGUGGUGUGCAAGAAGGAGGGCAUCCACCCCAAGUUCUACAAGGAGGCUAAAGUGUUUUGCAAUGGCGAGGAGGUGAUGACCACCAUGGGCACGCAGGAGAAAUACGUCGUCGACGUCUGGUCAGGCAACCACCCACUGUUCCAGGGCAGCAAGAACACGCUGCUGACAGAGGCUGGGCGAGUGGACAAGUUCAACCAGCGGUACGGCGCCCUCGGCACCAUGUCCAAGAUCCCCGUCCUCGAUAAGGGCGAAAUCGUUAUUGUCAAGAAGUCCAAGGCGCCGGCCAAGAAGGGUGGCAGGAGAUGA